CAUCUAGUUUUGAUUUGAUGCACUAGUAUUAGAUAAACAAAUCUAUGUGGUUGUAUAAUAAACAUUAAAACAUUUUUUCUUCUCAGCACUCUUCGAUAACAGAAGCUAUGCUUGAAAACAUAGAUUUCAAUAGUACGCGCAAUUUACUUUAGCUUAAUGUGAAGUUCAUUCAUGAGUUUUUAAGUAGUUUAUGCUGAAAGAUACCAGGCGUGGUUUACAUGAGAACCAUAAAAAGCUAUAAAAUGUAAGUUUAAGUGACUUUCCAUCAAUAGAGAGGAAUGUCAGAUUCACAUGGUUCCGUUUAAAUCUUUAACUGAUCCUGAAUUCUUGAAUAAAUUAUCCUUAUUCUUAUAUUAAUCUUUAAUAUCUUUGUUGCAUGGUUCUCUAUAAAAGCGGAUUUAUGCUGCAGUAUACAUGAAGGAAAUUGUAGGAGUUAAACUCGUUUUAAGAUAGAAGAUUGACAAUAUCUUUCUCAUUGUUAUUCGGGUUUAAAGGACACCAUUGUGAAUCCGACUUUUAAAAGUAAAGUUCACUUCAGAGAUUACACUGAAAACAAUUCCUUUAAACUGAAGCUGAGAAGAUUAAAGAAGAUGAAAGGUAUUUAGUGUAUUUUUAUCAAGAUUAAGAGAUUUAAGAUUAUGUACUCAGAAUGCAGAUAUGUUCAUACAGUGGUUCUCCUAUAGGAUUCUCCACCACCUGCAUUAUUUUGCUUAUCAUUCUAGCCAGGAGCUAAGGCAAGGCCAGAGAAACUUGCUCGGGGACGGAGGCUUGCUAUUGGCUGGACGCCCUGCGGCCAUUGGAUAAGCCGGAGGCUGUGAUUGGUUGAAUCUGCAGCGCUGAGGAGCGUAAACUACCGGUCCAUACUGGAGAGAGAGAUACGACAGUCUAUUUUAUACCAGAGACGGAACAGGUGGAUAAUAAACCUGCUUCGAACCCUUCAUAUUACUCAUGACAAAACUAGGGUACUUCUCCGAGACUACCACCAUGACAGAGUUUCAGCCGCCUUAUUUUCCGCCGCCUUUUCCGACCUCGAUAUCCGGUUCAUCCGCCGUUUCUCAUCAUCAGGCGGACGGAUUUCAACCCUUGCAUCAUGAUCCGUACCAGCAACACUUUCAACAGUCAAACCUUCACUCCUUCUCCUAUGAUUCUUUAAGACGGGAGUACGGACGGAUUCCACUAGAGAGUCAGGAUAUACUCCAGCAGCAGAAUAUACAGGGAAGUGAGGGAUAUGGAGAAAUGGCUCCGAUCAUAAAGAAAGAGUUGUCCUUAUACUCUCCUGAACAUCACAAUCCUCCUCCUGCUCUUCAUAAGAUGAAUCCUAGCGAUAUAUUCUGUUCUACUCCGGGUAGGCUCUCCCUCCUCUCCUCAACCUCUAAGUACAAGGUCACCAUAGCUGAGGUUCAGAGAAGACUCUCUCCUCCGGAGUGUCUCAAUGCGUCCCUGCUGGGAGGAGUUCUCCGACGAGCCAAGUCCAAGGACGGAGGAAAACUGUUAAGAGAUAAACUGGAUAAAUUAGGAAUGACCCUUCCUGCUGGGAGAAGGAAGGCUGCCAACGUGACCCUGCUGACAUCCCUGGUGGAGGGGGAGGCGAUCCACCUGGCCAGGGACUUCGGAUACGUGUGUGAGACAGAGUUCCCAGCCCGGCAGGUUGCGGAGUAUCUCUCCAGACAAUGCAGUGAUUCAGCGGAUAUCUACCGACGAAAAGAGUUACUUUUUGCCUCAAAAAUGGUCACAAAAGAGUUGAUGGACCUGUUGAACCAGGAUAGAUCUCCUCUCUGCAACACCAGACCCCAACCUAUCCUAGAUCCUAGUAUACAGAGACAUCUAACCCAUUUCUCCAUGAUUACACACGGUUUCGGUUCUCCAGCUAUAGUUGCUGCUCUCACCUCUAUUCAGAACUAUCUCAACGA